AUGACGGCAGAGCUCAUUGAAGAAGCUUCAUGGAGCAACUUCUCGGAUGAUGGCAGGCUUGGAGAGGAAAGUCCUGUCACGGGAGUCUUGGGCGCAGUCCUCAUCAUUAUGUGUCUGUUUGGGAUGACAGGGAAUAUUUAUAUACUGGUGGUGGCAUUUAGUGGCUUGGCUAGUCGCUGCACAGGAUCAUUGUGUGUGUAUGUAAUCAACUUGGCCUUGGCUGAUUUACUCUACCUUUCCACUAUCCCCUUUGUGGUGUGCACAUAUUUUGCCCAUGACUGGUUCUUUGGGGAUUUGGGCUGCAGGAUUUUGCUCAGUUUGGACCUGCUCACCAUGCAUGCUAGCAUUUUCUUGUUGACCACAAUGAGCUUGGAGCGUUACUGGGCAGUGGCUAGGCCGUUGAGGACCAGAUGGGCUGGAAAGAGCUACCGCAAACUUGCCAGUGUAACUGUAUGGCUUCUUUCAUUGUUGCUUACUGUACCCAUGAUGGUCAUGAUCCAGCAGCGGGAAGGAAUCAGCCACAAGCAUAUCUGCUUUCCCACAUGGACUCCAGAUGCUUUCCGAGUUUACCUAACAAUUCUGUUCAGUACAAGCAUCCUAGGACCUGGUCUAGUCUUGGGCAUGGUGUAUUCUUGCCUUGCUUGGGCCUAUUGGACCUCCGUGAAAGUAAUGCAGCCACAAGUGGUGGGCAGGGUCUUGAAACAGAAGCUGUUCUCCAGGAUUUUCAGCAUCAUUGUAGCUUACUGGGCCUGCUUUGUACCAUUCUGGGCCUGGCAACUAGCCAAGCUGUACUGGUCUGAUGAUUUGGAGAUUGGUCCUACUACUCAGGCUUACCUCAAUUUUGGCGUGACUUGCUUGACUUACGGUAACAGCUGCAUCAAUCCAUUCCUUUAUACCCUGCUCACCAGAAAUUACCAUGAAUAUAUGGCAGCCCGUGGGAGAGAAAGGCAGGUUCUCUUCAGAAGGAGGAGACAUGAAGAGUCCGAAGCAGAAUGCAUACCUACAGCUCAAAGCCUAUGUUGCCACAAAGAGGAAUGCUUAAAGGAAGGAGGCAAAGGAAAAUAA